AAUAGAAAAUAAUUCGAGGAAAAAAGUCGGAUUUGUUUUUCAAUAAAUUGGGUAGUUUAAAGGAAGUGAAGAGCGGUUUUGGUGGUGGUGGUCGAGAAAAGAGAGCGCUUUUUCUCUGCGAUCAGAUUUUCUCAGAGUGAAAUUUAUCCAGCGGGAAAGUUUUGUUUUUUGCUUUUGCCAUGGGAGACGAUGAGCUGUCUCACAUCAAAUUCUCUCCUCUGCUAGAAUCAUCAGCAUGCAAUGAUCUAUCCGGAUUCAAGUCUCUAGUUGAAGAAGAGGGUCUCGAGAGCAUUGACCGGUCUGGUUUGUGGUAUGGGAGGAGAAUAGGAUCAAAAGAGAUGGGUUUUGAGGAGAGGACGCCUCUUAUGGUUGCUGCGUUGUUUGGAAGCAAAGAGAUCGUUGAUUACAUCAUCAGUACUGGUCUUGUAGAUGUGAACCGCUCUUGUGGCUCUGAUGGUGCCACAGCGCUUCACUGUGCGGUCUCUGGCUUGUCUGCGAAUAGCCUUGAAGUCGUUAGUCUUCUGCUGAACGGCUCUGCUGAUCCGGAUUCUUGUGAUGCUUAUGGUAACAAGCCUGUAGAUAUGAUUUUCCCUUGUUUGAGUCCGGUUUUUAGCUCGAGGAAGAAGGUUUUGGAGCGUUUGUUGAAAGGAAGUAAUGAUUUGAAUGAAGUGGAAGGGCAAGAAGAAGAAGAAGAGGAAGUAGAAGAGAGAUCGGUUUCAGUUUCGCCUCCUCGGGGCUCUGAGAGGAAGGAGUAUCCGGUUGAUCCGACGCUUCCUGACAUCAAGAACGGUGUCUAUGGGACGGAUGAGUUUAGGAUGUAUGCGUUCAAGAUCAAGCCAUGCUCUAGAGCGUACUCGCACGAUUGGACUGAGUGCCCGUUUGUUCAUCCUGGUGAGAACGCGAGGAGGCGUGAUCCGAGGAAGUAUCAUUACAGCUGUGUCCCUUGUCCUGAGUUCCGUAAAGGGUCUUGCUCCAGAGGCGAUUCUUGCGAGUAUGCACACGGUAUCUUCGAGUGCUGGCUUCACCCUGCUCAGUACCGGACCCGUCUCUGCAAGGACGAGACGAAUUGCUCGAGAAGAGUUUGCUUCUUUGCCCACAAACCCGAGGAGCUGCGUCCCUUGUACCCUUCAACUGGUUCUGGUGUUCCUUCCCCACGGUCUUCCUUCUCGUCUUGCAACUCCUCUGCUUUUGACAUGGGACCUAUCAGCCCACUUCCUCCUCUGAGUCCUAACGGCGUAUCAACCACACCUCCUUUAAGUCCUAAUGGCGUUUCCUCUCCUAUGAAUGGCGGGAAAACGUGGAUGAACUGGCCUAGCAUUACCCCUCCUGCAUUGCAGCUUCCAGGGAGCAGAUUGAAAUCUGCCUUGAACGCAAGAGAAAUCGAUUUCUCUGAAGAGAUUCAGAGUCUUCCUUCUCCAACGAUAUGGAACAACAACAACACGCCUGUAUCAGCUGCUUCAUCUCCGUUCUCUGGAAAGGGCAUGAACAGGCUUGCAGGAGGUGGAAUGAGCCCGGUUAAUGGCCUCAGCGAUAUGUUCGGUGCAGAUGAUAAUACGUCCGGUUUGCAGAUCCGACGCAGCGUUAUUAACCCGCAGCUGCAUCCCAACAGUCUUUCUUCAUCUCCCGUGGGAGUGAAUUCUCCGUUCUCGAUGGAUUCCUCCACAGUCUUGGCUUCAAGAGCAGCUGCGUUUGCUAAACAACGAAGCCAGAGCUUCAUAGAACGCAGCAAUGGACUGAAUCACAGUCCUGCAAUCCCUUCCAUGACUACAACUUGUCUAAACGAUUGGGGCUCAUUGGACGGAAAACUUGACUGGAGCGUCCAUGGAGACGAGCUACAGAAGCUCAGGAAAUCUACUUCUUUCCGUCUGAGAGCAGGCGGCAUUGAAUCAAGACUGCCCAUUGAAGGAACAGGGCUCGAGGAACCAGACGUUUCUUGGGUGGAGCCGCUGGUUAAAGAGCCAGCGGAGACAAGACUAGCUCCUGUUUGGAUGGAGCAAUCAUUCAUGGAGACAGAACAGACCGUGGCUUAGAUCAAAAGUUUUGGACUUCGUUCACCGUUGCACAAGAAGCAGAGAAAGAGGAUGGAAAAAAUUACGAGGUCGUUGCUAAUCUAUUACAUUUUAUUUUUUCAAUGUUUGUUUUUUUUCUUUAGAAUAAAAAGAAAAAGAAAAAUUCUUGGGGAUAAAAGAGAGUUUGUUUGUAUCUCUCGUCUCCAAGGAAAAACAGAGGUGAAGAGGUUUCAACACCAAAAGAAACCUUAAAUCACCUCACUUCCUUGAUUCUUUACUAUUCACAAUGAGUAAUCAAUUAUUAUUUUUCUUUCUUGACAA